AUGCCUCCCGAGAUCCCACAAGCCCUUGAACUGGAUCAUCAGAGACCCCGGGCGACGACUGUGCUCCGGAUCUUGAGCAACGACUCGUAUUCUGUCCUGCAGAAUGGAUCAUACGCGAUAGUUGGCACAAUCGACUGGCGCGGCAGAUUUCCCCGAGUGGAAUUACCCAACACGUUGCCCUCAGUCGAAGCCCGGCGCUGGUUGUCUCUGUCUCCGGAUUUGAGUCGAUCAAUGACUUUCCAAGGACGCAAGUAUCGCUGGGUGCCAGAGGGUGAACAUGUCAACGUGAUACCAUUUUCGCCCUUUGCUACUCAGUGCUGA